GUGAAAAGAGAAAACAAAUGGUAGCCCACCAAGCUCUCUCUGCCUUCUAAAUUAGGCCACUCUUGUUGCUUAAUUAAUAUCCACAUGGAAAUUUUAAUUGUUUUUCAUAUCUUGUGCUUGAUCUAUUAUUAUUCCUAUUUAACCCUUAUUUUUUGUGGAUAUGGUUGUGGUGCUAUCUUAAACUUUUAUCAUCUUGCAUGCACCCCCAGAAACAUAUCCCCUUUCUCAUGUCAUCUUUCUGGGUACCUCCAGGAUUGCUUUGAUAUUCCCAGAUUUUUUUCCUUUUCUUUUAAGCUUUAAUUCAUUCGUUCAUUCAUGAGAUUUAUAAAAUAAGAUUAAAAAUUAAAAAAGCCAUAAAAGAAAAAAUUGAGGAAGAGGUGGAGUUUUUGUAAUAAAGAGAAAUAAAAAGAAAAUAUUAUAGGCAAGUUGUGGUGAAAGAGAUAAAAUUAUGGUGAAAUAUGUGUUCAUCCUGUUCCUCUCUUUCGCGACGAUAGUUCCAUGUUUGCUUGCAAAUAUUGCAUAUUAUGAUGACGUGUGGCAAAAGAGGGCGGAGGAGGCUAAGAAGAACACCUUGGAGGCUUACGUUCCUAAUCCACUAGAAACGGAUGAAGAUGCAGACUCUCAAUCUGUGCAUAUUGGUUCCCCUCCACCUACAUCAAUGGGUCCGUCCUCGAGUACGGGUGUUCUAGUGAUCAAAGGUGGCGACAAUAAUAAUAGCAGCACCGAACAAACUGUCCCAGAAAGUGAAGUAGAGAAUAGCGGUGGUGGAAAUAGCAACACUACGAGGAGAGGUUUGAGGCAAGGCAAGACCAAGUACAGAGGGCCAUGCGAGAAGACCAAUCCCAUCGACAAAUGUUGGAGGUGCAGGAAGGACUGGUCAAACGACCGACGUCGUCUGGCCCAAUGUGCACUUGGGUUUGGUCGCAAAACCACCGGAGGGGCAGAUGGGAGGCUUUACGUCGUCACUGAUAACAGUGACGACGACUUCCUGAACCCUAGACCGGGGACUUUGCGCUAUGCGGUGAUUCAAAGGGAACCUUUGUGGAUCAUAUUUGCGCAUGAUAUGAACAUCAAGCUGAACAAAGAGCUUAUCAUGGCGGGAAACAAGACCAUCGAUGGUCGUGGAGCAAACAUCCAUAUCGCUUAUGGUGCAGGCAUUACGAUACAAUUUGUUAGUAAUGUUAUCAUCCAUGGGAUUCACGUCCAUCAUGUUGUGCCCACGAGCGGGGGCUUGAUCAGGGAUUCAGUCGAUCAUUUUGGGUUUAGAACUCAAAGUGACGGCGACGGGAUCUCGAUUUUUGGGUCCACUAACGUUUGGAUCGAUCAUGUCUCGAUGUCAAAUUGCACAGAUGGUUUGAUUGAUGCAAUUCAAGGAUCUACCGCCGUCACCCUCUCGAACUGUCAUUUCACCCACCACAAUGAUGCGAUCUUGUUGGGGGCAAGUGAUAGCUUUUCAGGAGAUCAAUUCAUGCAGAUCACAGUUGCAUACAAUCAUUUUGGACAAGGGCUGGUGCAGAGAAUGCCAAGGUGCAGAUGGGGUUUCUUCCAUGUGGUCAACAAUGAUUACACCCAUUGGCGUUUGUAUGCUAUUGGAGGUAGCAAACAUCCCACCAUUAUCAGCCAGGGCAAUCGUUUCAUCGCCCCACCCGAGAAGGAGUUGAAGCAGGUGACCAAGAGAGACUAUGCAGCAGAAACUGAAUGGAGGAAUUGGAUAUGGAGAUCAGAGGGUGACUUGUUCAUGAAUGGAGCAUACUUCAUUGAAUCAGGGAAUCCAAGUUUGAAGCCAAGACCAGCUAAAAAGUUCAUGCUCACGCCAAAACCAGCAGUGUUAGCGACGAGGAUGACAAGAUAUGCUGGAGCACUAGAGUGCACAGCUAGGCAACCGUGUUAGGCAAGCUAAAGCAAUCAAAACAAGAGAAAGAAGCCUUUAAAAGAAGGAUGUUAUGGAUACAUGAUUUGUACAUUAAGAAAAUACUCUAUUUGUGAUUGGUGACGAGGAGGCUCCAAUGGCCAGAUUCCUUUUUUAUUUAUUUCGUUAUUGUUGUUUAUUUUCGAGUUGUGUUCAAAAUUCAUUUUUCUAUAUAUCUUGUUGUGAUUUUGCUGUUGUUGGAAGUGGGAUGAUAUGAUCAUACAAAUCAUGAAAAGGUAUACAUGUUAUUUUAUGUUCUAGAAUCAAACAAUCCUUUUUGUUUCCCAAGAAUAUUAUAAUGAAUAAUAUUCAUAUGAUCGUCACUUUAAUAACAAAGCCAUUUAUGAA